UCUCGCACCUCAACACUAAAGGGGGUAAGAUCAAUCUAGCAUCAAGUGCUCCCUCAGAAGUCUCUAUGGUUGCUUGUCUCUAUGAUCUGUUGCAUUGGGCUGGCUUGCUGUGACAUAAUUCCGUGAAGCCAUGCAUCUGGGAGGAUGUAUGUCAGAGAACAAUAUCCCAGAGCCAGCAGAUCAGUGUUUCCAGUGCUGUAAUGUCUUCCCUUGCGUUUCUGCUUUUGGGAUUUACUUCUGGGAAUCCCAUCAAACAAGAAAGUAGCACCUAAGGUACUUCAGAAGGGUUAUGUAUGGCAAAACACCUACACCACUCACUCUUCACAUUCAGAGGCACCCAAUUUUCCCCAAAUCAAAUCUGUACCACCUUGCUUUAUUUUCUGCAUCUGGUAAAUAACAGAAGAAAUGGCACACAGGAAAGCUCAGAAUAAGUCAUCAAAAAGAAAUAUUGUCGUGGCUAACCAGCUUGGAAACAUUAGUGUUCAGGGAUUUCAGCUAUGACCAUGAUUGUUAUGGUUCAGUGUGCUAAAAUAGUCCUGGUAUAAAUUCAUUUCAGAUGGGUUUCAGUCUCCUUUUUGCCAGAAGGAAGGGGAUCAUCAAUAAUGUUGACUUUUUUUUUUUUUUUGAGUCUCUUUUUUUUUUUUUUCACAUGUGCAAAGCUUAUUUGUUUCGGCAAGAAGGCCUUUGAGGGACUUUGCUCAGUGUGGCUAAAGUUUCUUCAAAGAUUAACUGACAUUCUUUAAAAGUACAUCAGUUUCCUUUUAAGCAGGUAUUUGCUUACCACGUAACUGGGUUGUUGAGUGCUAUUGUAGUUAUAAAGUUUGCUGGGCUCAACUCUAGAUUUCCUUAAGACAUACUGCUGACAUCACCGAAUCUCCUCUCAGAUUCCUUUCCCUCUCUCUCCGGUUUCCUCCUUCAGGUAAUUCCAACUCAGACUCUUACCAACUUGUUUUUGACUGACAGUGAAUUAAGGAAGACUUUUUAGGGGAAUAGAGGAGGAGUGUUUAAAACAUACAUAUGUGCUGUACCUAAAGGAGACUCAUUCUUUUAUAAAGAGUUGUUUGACCUGUCAUGACAAUAACAUCUAGUAAGGAAUCUGAACACUGAUCUUUCACAGAACUGAGGAACUGAAAAUGGGCACCACUCAAAUCAAUACAUCGAGUGCCCCACUCAUUAACAGUAUCAUCAGUGCUGACCUCAAGACACACAGACCCCGGGUGAUGUCCAAAAGUGGUCACAGCAAUGUGAGAAUUGACAAAGUAGAUGGUAUAUACCUGCUUUACCUUCAAGAUUUGUGGACAACGGUUAUAGACAUGAAGUGGAGAUACAAACUUACCCUGUUUGCUGCUACUUUUGUGAUGACCUGGUUCCUCUUUGGAGUUAUCUAUUAUGCCAUUGCAUUUCUUCAUGGAGAUUUAGAAAGGGAUCCUUUCCCCCCCAAACAUAUGCCUUGUGUCAAGGAAGUAAACUCACUAACUGGAGCAUUUCUCUUUUCUUUGGAGUCACAGACAACUAUUGGUUAUGGCUUCCGUUUCAUCACAGAGGAGUGCCCUCAUGCCAUAUUCCUCCUGGUUGCUCAGCUGGUCAUCACAACUUUGAUUGAGAUCUUUAUCACUGGUACCUUCUUGGCCAAAAUUGCAAGACCCAAAAAACGGGCUGAGACUAUUAAGUUCAGUCAUUGUGCUGUAAUUACCAAACACAAUGGAGAGCUUUGCCUUGUGAUCAGAGUGGCAAAUAUGAGGAAGAGCCUUCUGAUUCAGUGUCAGCUGUCUGGGAAGCUUCUUCAAACCUAUGAAACCAAAGAAGGGGAGAGGAUCCUGCUCAACCAAGCCAGUGUCAAAUUCCAUGUUGACUCCUCUUCAGAAAGUCCUUUUCUCAUUUUACCUUUAACCUUUUAUCAUAUAUUGGAUGAAAGUAGCCCUUUAAGAGAUCUCACACCCCAAAACCUAAAAGAAAAGGAUUUUGAACUAGUUGUCCUCUUGAAUGCCACAGUAGAAUCCACUAGUGCCGUCUGCCAAAGCAGAACUUCUUAUAUCCCAGAGGAGAUCCACUGGGGUUAUGAGUUUGUACCUGUGGUUUCUCUCUCUCAAAAUGGUAAAUAUGUUGCUGAUUUUAGUCAGUUUGAGCAAAUCAGAAGAAGUGUAGACACUACUUUUUAUAGCAUGGACUCUGAAAAACAGAAACUAGAAGAGAGAUACAGACAGGAAGAUGAAAGAGAGAGAGGACUGAGAACAAUGUUGUUACAGCAAAGCAAUGUUUGAUUGUAUGAGCAAACUUUAACAUUAGUAAUGCCUAUUUACAAACUGAAACAAAAGCAUACAUUAUAUACUGUAUGGCUCUUAAGAAAAUGCAUCAGAGACCUCUUAAGCAAGUGCCUUGGUAUAGAGUAAACCUGUCCUUUUGUCAAGUCAAGUUGUUAAUCGAGUAUUUGUUUUAAUUAGGUGGGAUUUCUUUGUUUAUCAUAAUGAUUUAACAGAGUUGGAUUUAUUCUGAGAAUCUGCCUUGUACCAGCUGUCAGAUCAGACAUACUACUUUCUAUUUGGUAAGUGGCCUUUGAUACCAUGAGAAGAUUUCUUCACAUAGAUAUUUGCCAUGGUUUAAUUAUAACAGUGGGAUCUCAAAGUUAGCACACAAGUGCUUCCAGAAGGAAACAGGCUCUUUUAAAAUGUUUAUUUUCAAACCAGUGCUUUAUUUUCUUUAAGUGGUCUUAACUAAGUUAAUGUGAGAUAAGUGUGGGUCAAUCAAUGCAGACACACUAUAGCUGGUAAAAAGAAAAGGAGUACUUGUGGCACCUUAGAGACUAACAAAUUUAUUUGAGCAUAAGCUUUCCUGAGCUACAGCUCACUUCAUCGGAUGUAUGCAGUGGAAAGUACAGUGGGGAGAUUUUGAACUGGUUGUCCGCUUGAAUGCCACAGUAGAAUCCACUAGUGCCGUCUGCUAAAGCAGAACUUCUUAUAUCCCAGAGGAGAUCCAAUGAAGUGGGCUGUAGCUCACGAAAGCUUAUGCUCAAAUAAAUUGGUUAGUCUCUAAUGUGCCACAAGUCCUCCUGUUGUUUUUACGGAUACAGACUAACACGGCUGCUACUCUGAAACCUAUACUGGUAAACACAUUCUUUUAUCCUGAGAGAGAAAAUGACUUGUACACUAAUAGCCCCGCUGGGCUUUGUUAAAAGGGUGUUCUCAGCUCCAUUAGGGACCAUUAGUUUCUUGAACACUCAUUUGUUUUUUUACCAUGUUAAUGGCAGGCUUGUAUAUAAUAUCUAGGGAGAGAGCUGAGGGCAGUUAACACUGAAUCAAAACAGUAAUUAACUGAGUUAAAACUGGCUUUGCCAAGACUUUUGUUUUCAUAAAGUGUAAAUCAUUUCUACUAGCAGCCUAACAAUACAUUUCUGAAGGUUCCUUGUUUUGCCAUGGGCCAUAUUUAAUUUUUGUUAAAUGAAAUCUUGAUGACAUCUGUAGCCAAUAUUUACUGUUUCUGCCCACUUUAAUGGACAAACAUUCCUUUGAUCCAUUUCAGUUUCGGUCUAUUAAACCACUCUAUUAAUAAAGGAAUGUAAUUUGAACAAUUGCUGAUUUCUUUGUGGUGCAGUCAGAGGGUGUGGUAGUUAGGAUAUGCUUGGCAUAUUCAUUUACAUAUAGCAAAAGCAAAGCUUACAGAUUGACUCACUUUAACUAGACAGGGAAUUGGGAGAAACCAGUGGUGAAUUGGAAACAUACUUCUGCACGAAGAACAGCUGUCCGAUACAAUUUAGAAACGAGUUUCCUUUCAGCCCCAGGUGUGCUUUUGCCAGUGGCAGUAGUGAGCUCCAGAGGCCCUGAUCUGGCAAACCCGGUACAUAGAAAAGUGCCUGUUUACCUGAGUGUGAGCUUUGGGUGUGUCAUGUAUGCAGGCUGGGCCUAGGGCUGGGAAGCACUGGGUCCUGCCAUUAAGGUAAAUCAUUUUCGAGUUCCCUUCCAGCCCUACAUUUCUAUGAUUUUAUGCCAAGAAAAAUGUUAGCUCACUUGCACUUGACCAGAAUUAGAGCUGUGCAAACCCUAAAGGAUAUGCUCUAGCUGAACUACAAGUCACUAGGCUAGAUGCAGAUAUCCCUGGGUGCAAUGCUGUGGCCUGUAUUACACAGGAGGUCAGACUAGAUGAUUAUAAGAGUCCAGUCUGUCCUUAAACUCUGUGAAUCUACUUGUACCAAAUAAUAGUAGAAAGUUAGCCCUCUUUUCUCCUGCUCAUUAAUUAGCUUUGAGUAGACUUUGAUUUUGAAAAUGUGUUAAGGAUUUGAAACUGUACAACCCAUGAAGAAAUUUCAGCUUAUGGUUUGUUUAUGAACUAUUUGCUUCAUCAAUGUCUUCAGCUCCUCAUUACUAGUUUUUCAUGAUAUUAAGUGACUCAAGUCACAUGGGCUACCUUCCGCUACUUCCCUGGGUAUCUUAGAGACAGGAAAAAAGAAAUUAAAGAGAUUUUGAGAUGGCCUCGAACACUUAUAGUGGGAUCCAAAAGGUACUUAAGUGCCUAAACCCCGGACUUAGGCACCUAAGUCUCAGGGUUAGGUGCCAAAAUCCCAGUUUUUGCUCCAUUCUGAUCCACAAAACUCCUGCGAAGCCCUGAAGGUGAUAAACUUGCUUGGCACCAAAGUUUUCAGGGUAGAAGUUCCUUAGGUGCCUAUGUUACUGCCUCUGAGCACAAGCACCAUUGCCUCACCUUAGGUGUCUGGAAUCUGGAUGUCUAUUCCUCACCUAAGCCCCAGAGCGAAUCACAAACUGGGAGAGGACAGGCAUUCAGUUGCCUAUCUCAUGUGCAGGGCCCAAUCUGACAGGCAGCCUCAGAGCAUGUCUACUGGAUUGGGUUCCAUUGGUCUCUCUAGCCCAAUAACUAUUUAAUGAUUUAUCUACAGUGAAAAAGUCCUUGGGCUAGAGAGAAAGAACAACUCCAUAGCCUGGUGGUUAGGGCAUGCUUCUGGGAUGUGGGAGAACGGGGAGUCAGUCCCCCUGCUCUGAUCACUCUUUCAUUAUUUAUCGCAGUGGAACAGCUUCAACAGUAGAAGCCCCACGUCAAAAUAUCCCAUAUCUCAUGCUUAGAGCACCCUCCUAAGAGGUGGGAGAUCCCUGUUCAAAUUGUUUCCCACCUCUGGAAGAGAGGGAGGAAUUAAACCUAGGUCUCCCACAUCCCAGGUGAGUGCUCUGACCACUGGGUUAAAGGUUAUAAGGUGGGUGGCACCACCUCUACCUCCUCCUCCAGCCAUUUUGUGUGGAGGCAGGUACCUAACUCAUUCCUGCAAGAAAUGCCUUAGCCACCUAAGCUGCCUGACCCCAAAGGGUGGGUUCCUGUUUGUGAAUUGCUGAGUAGAGCUAGAUGCCUGUCUCUGAGAGAGGAGAUGUGCUUAGCACACACUCCUCUGAUCAGUGUCUCCCAUUGCCCAGCACCAGUGGCUUUUGUGGAUUCCAUUGUAAAGUGCCUGUCUCUCUCCAUUCAUUGUAUAGGGAGCCUAAGCACCUAACUCAGCUUCGUUGUUCCUGUGAUUUUUCUAAGCAUAUAAAAGUUAGGCACCAUGAUGCUCAGUUUUACAAAGCCUAAGUCCCUUCAUGGAUCCCACCCUUAGUGUAUAGCACUGUGCAAAUGCAUUUGCACAAGUAUUUGUGAGUAGAGUUAAGUGAAUAAUUGAUUUUUUGGUUCAGUCUCUAAACCGAAAAAUCUGGAAAAAAAAGUUGAUUAGUUUCAAACUGAAAGUGAAUGCUCACUGAAUCAAAACAAAACAGAAAACAUUGUGUUUGGAUUGAACAAAAUACUUAGACUGUCAUUUCAUUCUGCAAAUGUUGUUUUGAAACAAAAUGUCAAAAGGGUUAGUUUAAAAAAAAUGAAUAUUUUUUCAGGGUCCUUUCAGCCAAACCUAUUCAUCAAAUUCAACCAAGUAAUUUUGCAUUUGUGAAUAGUUUCAGUGCCCCUCAACACGCAUUUUGGGGCAAAUUUACUAUUCACUGAAAUUCCCCCCCUGUUCUACUUGGGAGGCCUUUGCUUUCUAAACAAAUGCAAAACUUCUUGCAAAAAUGGCUCUCAUAUUUGUAUAGACAAAUAAAACGGGUCGUGAGCACUGAAGUGAAUUCAUGAUUUUAUAUUCGAACAAAUCUCCACCGUUACAUUUGGUAGUAUUUGCCCAGCUCCAGUGAGAACACUUCCUAUGACAGCCUGCUCUCAAUUCAAAACAGGUAUGAUGACUAUGCAUCGAUUGUGCCUGAUCCAUAAUGUAAAGCAGCACAAAAGAAGGCAUUGUGUAGACUGUAGCACUUGCAUAUUUGAUAUUAAAAUUCUGCCUGGCUGGAAUAUAACUAUUUAUCUGUCACACUUAUGUAUGUUAUUACAUGAAUAAUGGAACGUUAUGCUCUUACUAGGCUAGUCAGCCAUCAGCCUAUUCUAUGAAAAUAUUAGAUUACCAGUUCUGGGUCUUCUUAAUGGAGAAGAUUUCUGCUGAACAUCCUGUACCCACCUGGCUUGGAAAAACUUUUGAAACAUUUCCAGUGCUUUAUAUAGUCUGUCAGGGGAAGCUACUCAGAAGUGUCCUGUUCUGAGUCACCACAUAGUAAACAGAAACCAAACAAUGUAAUCCACAAGUAGUACAGCAACUGUAUUUUGUAUAUAUUGUAUAUAUAUUUUUAAUAAUAAACUUUUUGAUGAUUAUUGCACAUCUCAA